GAAGGGCCGUGCCUGCACCGAGCAGGGAAGGGCACACACACAGCCCUGGGCUCUGCUCUCUGCUCAGUUCCCUCCCUGGAAUUCCUUUUCCUGCUCGGCAGCACGGUGAGGAUGGACGCUGGCUCGGCCGGGCUGCUCGUCUCUCUCCUCCUCCUCCUCCCCAUCCUGUGGUUCCUGGCCUGGAGCAGUGACAAGAAGAGGAGCCGGCUGCCUCCUGGCCCAGCCCCGUGGCCCAUCCUGGGCAACCUGUGGCAGAAGGAUGUCCUGCCCCUCUACAAGCACUAUGAGAAGCUCAGCAGCACCUACGGCCCCAUCUUCACCGUGUGGCUGGGGCUGAAGCCAGUGGUGGUGCUCUGCGGGUACAAGGCGGUGAAGGACGCCCUGGUGGGACACUCCGAGGAGUUUGGGGGCAGACCCCAGAUCCCCCUCCUGAUGCAGCUCUCCAAAGACUAUGGAUUUGUCUCCAACAAUGAGAAGAAGUGGCGGGAGCUGCGGAGAUUCACCCUCAGCACCCUGCGGGACUUCGGGAUGGGGAAGAACUCCAUGUCCCAGAAGGUGCAGCAGGAGGCUCAGCACCUGGUGGAGCUGCUAGCAAAGCUCGAAGGCAAUGCCUUUGAGCCAAUGACCACGUUCAGACACGCCGUGUCCAACGUGAUCUGCUCCGUGGUCUUCGGGAGCCGCUACAGCUACAGCGACGUGGCGUUCCUGGAGCUGCUCAACGCUGUCGGGAACUACGUCAGCUUCUUCCUGUCCCCCAUGGCCAAGGUGUACAACACCUUCCCCAGCAUCAUGGACCGGCUCCCGGGGCCGCACAAGAGGGUCCUGGCCGACUGCCAGAAGCUGAAGGAGCACAUCCAGGAGAAGGUGCAGUUCCACCAGCUGACUCUGGACUCCAGCAGCCCCCGGGACUACAUCGACUGUUUCCUGAUCAGAGCAGAGAAGGUAGAGGGGGGCUGCCCUCCAGCCUGGCUGCAGCCGGGAGCAUCACCCAGACACACCGAAUCCACCCACCACACCCCCCUGCAGGAGAAGGGCAGCCCAGAGACCAUGUACAGCCACCAAGACCUGAUCAUGUCAGUGUUCAACCUCUUCGGCGCCGGGACGGUGACAACCAGCAACACCCUGGUGUUCUUCCUGCUGAUGCUGGCAAAGCACCCCCACAUCCAAGCCAAGGUGCAGGAGGAGAUCGAUGCCGUGGUGGGCCCUGGCCGCGCCCCCAGCACGGAGGACAAGCUGCGGAUGCCCUACACCAACGCCGUGAUCCACGAGCUGCAGCGCUUCCACAAGUCCCGCAUCGAGAACUUCCCGCGCAUGGCGACGCGGGACGUCCUGUUCAGGGGUUACACCAUCCCCGAGGGCACUCCUGUUAUUCCGGUACUUUCCUCUGUGCAUUCGGACCCAACCCAGUGGGAGAACCCUGGAAAAGUGGACCCCACACACUUCUUGGAUGAGAAGGGCGAGUUCAGGAAGCGCGAGGCCUUCAUGGCAUUCUCGGCAGGGAAGCGGAUGUGCCCCGGGGAGGCGCUGGCCCGCAUCGAGCUCUUCCUGUUCCUCACCACGCUGCUGCAGAGCUUCACCUUCCAGCUGGCCACGGAGCACAGCGAGCUGGAUUUGUUCUCCCUGUGGCUCCAGAUGGAGAGGAGGGCAAUCCCGGGCAAGUUCUUCGCUCUCCCACGCCCGGUGUCCUCCUAAGCUGGGAGAGCAGGACAAGGAAAGGCUCUCCAGGUGCCUCCAGCCCUGGCCCAGAGCGAGCCCUAUGGCCAUGAGGGCACAGCCACCACAGGAGGGACACUUCGGACUGAGAGCUUCUCCUCUGAGACCUGUUGGGCACCGGUGCCACAG